UCCGUAUUAGAGAGCGAAGGGUUAACUUUAUUACCUAACGGUGUGUGUGUGACUGUCAGCUGACUAUGAGAGUCAGACAUUGAUCUCAGCUCAGUCUGAACAGUGCUGGGACUUUCUCUAUAUAAACAAAGAAUGACUGCCAGUAUCGUCUGCGCUCCCUCUUCUUGUGACUGCUUUGUUGCUCUUCCACCUGCCACUGAGAGAAAAGAGGUGAUUUUUGGGAAGAACUCGGACAGACCACUGGAUGAGGUUCAGGAAGUGGUUUACUUUCCUGCAGCUGUAUAUGCACCAGGCUCUAAGGUGGAGUGCACCUACAUUGAAAUCGAGCAGAUUGAGAAAACACAUGCAGUGAUUCUCAGCAGGCCGGCCUGGCUGUGGGGAGCUGAAAUGGGCGCCAACAGCCAUGGUGUCUGCAUUGGCAAUGAAGCUGUGUGGACUAAAGAGCCCGUCAAUGAGAAGGAAGCACUGCUUGGAAUGGACCUUGUCAGGCUUGGACUGGAGAGAGGUUCCACUGCUAAGGAAGCCCUUGAUGCUAUCACAUCCCUUUUGGAGCAGUAUGGCCAGGGUGGGAACUGCAAAGAAGCCCCAGAAGCAUUCAGCUAUCAUAAUACAUUUCUGAUUGUGGAUAGGAAAGAGGCUUGGGUACUGGAGACAUCUGGGCAAUACUGGGCUGCUCAGCAAAUUACAGAAGGAGCAAAAAACAUCUCCAAUCAGCUGACUAUCACCACAGAGAUCAGCAGUGAGCACCCUGGCCUUCGAAAUUAUGCCCAGAGUCAGGGAUGGUGGAGCGGUGUUAGUGAGUUCAAUUUCUGCCAGGUUUUCUCCCCAACUAACCCACCAGUGAGAAUGGAGGCUGCAAAAGUUCGUUACAUAGGAGGCAAGGAGCUGCUUUGUAAACAAGCGGGAAGCAUCCAAGCUGAGACUAUCAUGGACAUCCUACGUGAUAAAGAAAGUGGAAUCUGCAUGGACUCUGAAACCUUCUGUACCACAGGCAGUAUGGUUUCCAUCCUACCUCAGGAUGACAGUUUACCCUGCGUGCAUUUUUUUACAGCCACUCCUGACCCUUCGAGAUCUGUCUUCAAACCCUUCAUCUUUAUCGAUGAUGUUAUGCCAGUCCCUAUGGUGAUUUCCCCGAGUUAUACUGGUGAUGAUCCAGUCAGGAAACAGCCUCGGUUCCAGAGAAAAGUGGAUCGCAGACAUGAAUUGUACAAGGCCCACCAACAGGCUAGAGCUGUGAUGGAGAGUGGACAGGUAUUAACAGUCUUUUGAAAAAAAAUUUGGCAAAGAAUAACUCAUCAGAGUAUAACUGCUAGCCCAUCAAAUCUAAUUUCUCAUUAUAGAGUGAAGUGUUUGGAGGUGAGGAAGGAGAUGAUAGUACAGGAGAAGAGCAAGUAUUUGCUGGAACUAUAGGUUUUCCAAAUUCUACUGUUAUUAAGUAGUAGUCGCAACUUCAUUUAACAGUUCCUCAGGGUAGAGCUAAUCAGGGCAACCACUGCAGGCAACCAGAAAGGGGGUAACCCUCAUUUGAGGAAUGGCAGUAAAGUUUGAAGAGCUGAGGGUGAUGCACAGUGUAAUUUACCAGGUCAGAAGGAGAU